UCGCUGUUUUGGCACUACACCCCGCCUCCGUUUCGUCUGCUCGGAGCUACUGCAUGCCGCUUUGGAAUGGCAGGAGCUGGCUCUGGGGUGCCCUUCCACUGGCACGGGCCUGGGUUUGAGGUGAUCUACGGCCGCAAGCGCUGGUUCCUCUACCCUGAGAAGACACCUGAGUUCCAUCCCAACAAGCCCACCCUGGCCUGGCUGCGGGACCUGGCCCGGUCCGCACGGCCCCUGGAGUGCACAGUCCAGGCUGGUGAGGUGCUGUAUUUCCCUGGCCGCUGGUGGCUCGAAACGCUCAACCUUGACACCAGCGUCUUCAUCUCUACCUUCCUUGGCCAGCCAGGACAGACCGCGGCCAGCCCACGACACCAGCACGUGUCCACGUAGUGCUUACAGAUUUUAU